AUGGCAAAGAACCUCCACUCCAUCGGCUUCACCGUUCUCUUGCUUGUCAUUCUGAUAGGUGCUCGUCCAUCAAUAGAGGAUGGUGGAGGAUUAAGUGUAUUGGAAAGAGCAAUGGAGAUGGGAGCCAUUGCCGAUGAAGAGCUCUUCCUUCUCUUACCAGAGUAUGCUGCAGAGGAGAAAAGUGGAGUUUUUGGAGAGAUUUUCGAGUUUUACUGUUCAUCGGGGCACUGUUCAUCGGGGGUACUGUUCAUCGUCGGGAUUCGGCACUGUUCAUCGUCUUUCUUUUUCCUUCAGUUUCAAUCCAUUGUCAAGAGGCCGUGGAGGCCGGGGCCGAGGUCGUGGACUUCGGCGGAUUCGGGAGAGAGUGUGGCGCCUAGUGUGGCGACUGCGUCGGUGACCCAGUCGGUAUCCGUGGCGAGUGAGGCCAGUGUGGAUGCGAGUGUUGGUUUGGGAGCGGGGGCUGCUCCGGGUUGGGGUGGUGCUCCGGCUCAGGGUCUUGAUGACUUAGUGGUGGGUUUGCUGACGCAGUUAUUGGCUCGUUUUCCGCCAGUGGUUCCACAGGGGGCUCCGGGAGUACCUCCAGUGGCAGAGGUGCAGCAGAGGGCUGCGGGUUGUUCAGCCGCAGGCUGUGGGUUUGGUGGUGCCGCCUAUUGGAUAUGA